AUGAAGAAAGACAGCAUUGUGUUACAUCAUCGAAAUGAAUUCCUCAACAUCAGCACGAAGCGAAGCAGCAUCGGUGCCAAGGUGGAGGAAGAGGACGUGGCGAUCUGCUUGUUGCUCCCCAAGAUCUACGAGAAUGUCGUAUUAGACCUGGAUAUGAGCAGCGCAGAAAUGCAAUCGCUGGACGUAUUUAAAGUGCUCAAGAAUGAGUACAUUAAGAUACAAGGUGACAGGACGACAUCGGUGAAGACUGAAGACGCGGCGAAGGCGUUCACUGCUAAACGUGAACCUCAUUAUUGGAAGUACUGCGGACUUAAGACAUACGGUGGAGCGGUGCUGGACCUAGGCGAAGAACGAAAAUCAAGGAGGUGA